AUGCACGGGAUGAUGAAAAUUUUUUCCAAUUUCAAAGAUUUCUACAAUGACAUAAAUGGUGCGACGUUGACUGGUGCUAUAGAUGUAAUAGUUGUUGAGCAGCCUGAUGGGUCCUAUAACUGCUCUCCGUUCCACGUGCGAUUCGGAAAAUUGGGAGUGCUUAGAAGUAGAGAGAAAGUGGUUGACAUCGAAAUCAAUGGGGAGCCUCAAGAAAUUCACAUGAAGUUGGGAGAGAGCGGGGAGGCAUUUUUUGUAGAAGAAUUAGAGGAAGACGAUGAAAUUCCAGAACACUUAGCUACAUCUCCUAUACCAGUUUCUGAGUUCGAAACUUUAUUUAAAAAACAAGGACGGCGCCUCAGUCUGGAAGACAUCUCCAAUCUGGGAUUGGAAAACGAAGAAAAUGACUACAAAACGCGUCGCAAUACGGCAGACAACGAAAGCAACAAGAUGCGGGAACGCAACUUCAUCAGACGACAACUCGUCUUGGGUAACAUAGAAAUAAACGAAAAUUCAGCAGAAGAAAUGACACUAUCCAUGAUAUCCGGAAAGCACAGUAGCGAAGAUCUAAGCAAGAGCCACAAUGACAUUUCUGAUACUAUUUUUAAAAUGGACAGCUUGGAUAUAGAAACCAGUAAAACUGAAGAUCUAAAAUCAGAAAAUCUGGUAUCUCCUGUAGCAAACCUUCCUAAAACCGACGAUCCUACUAACGAAAAUAAAAGUAGUAAGAAAAGGCGAAAAAGAGUAAGGCGAAAGAAUGCUCCAAAGAAAUCUAGCAGCAUAAACCAAAUGACUAGCAGCCAGAUAUCAGAAAAUCUGGAAAAUAACGAUACCAUUACUGAUAGGAGCUCUUUAGACAGCAAUGGGUCCGAUCCUGAUAUUAAAGAAUUGCAAGGAAAAUCAUCCAAGAAAAACGAUGACAUCGUUCUUCGCGUAGAUACUUCCAAUAUUAAGAAAAUAGACGCAGAUUUUCAUUUCUUUAGCGACACGGAACUGACAAAACCCAGUAUUGGAGAUUGCAGAACUGGUUCUCCUGAAAAUGUUGAAAACGUCCAGUCUGAUUCAGAAUUUGAAGUUAAAGCAAGAAAAGAUGAGCCUAUUGACAACGCGAAGAGCUGGGAAUGGGGAGGAUUCCCUAGCGUCUCCCAGACCAACUCUCCAGUGAGCGACAAUCCUAGACAAGAAGAACGUAGGUCUAUGUUAAGCGGUAUGUUCUCUUUUAUGCAACAGAAGCAUGGUGCUCAAAAUCCUUUAGAGGGGGGAAUGUACUUGUCAGAUAUUACUUCCGGUACUGUCGAUCAAGAAGUAGCUCAGAUCUAUUUCAGUACGAACAAGGACAGAAAAGACGUGGAGGUGGAUUGUGAAUCAGGAAAUGGUCCUUCAUUGACGCAGAGUCCCAAUAGUGCCGAUGGAUGCAAGAGUAUCGACUCGGACUUCGACGAACAGAAUAAAUUAGCGCAGUCAUUUUCCCAGGAGAUAUCCCUUUCGCUCUGUGGGUGGGAUCCAUCACCGAACUACAACAGAUUUUUGGAGAAGGUAGUGAAAUUUAGCGAUUUGUGCAACAAUCCCAUUUUAUUCGAGAACCCCAACUUGGUAGUAAGAAUAAAAGACAAAUACUACUCGUGGAAGGUAGCAGCUCCAAUUAUUACCAGUAUUAUGGUUUAUGGAAGACCUUUGGUACAAUCAUCUGUUGAUCAGUUGUGUAGUAUGCACAUGCCGAUUAGUACUCCACAGGAGCUAAAAGAAGGACCAAAGCAGGAAGCAAGAAGAAGUUGGUGGAGCGGAUGGAGACGAGGGGGUGCUUCGAGAGAAACCACUCCUGCCCCUGAAAACGCUAAUGAAGCCCUUAAGACUGCUGAUACCAAAGAUGUUGUUAUAGAAGUAGACGACGAUUCAAAAUUAGAAGACAAAAAUGAAGAUGUUAACGAGCAAAUUGAUGUACCCCGAUCUCCGAGCUCUAGCUCUGAUAAGUAUAGGAAAACUUUGAGACUGACUUCAAAACAAAUUGUUCUACUGAAUUUGCGGGAUGGUAUGAAUGAAGUGGAAUUCAGCGUUACUACUGCAUAUCAAGGUACCAGUAGAUGUCAGUGUCAUCUUUACAAAUGGAAGUGGGAUGACAAGAUCGUAGUAUCCGAUAUUGAUGGCACAAUCACAAAGUCUGAUGUGCUUGGCCAUAUUUUACCCAUUGUUGGUAAGGAUUGGGCACAGACCGGAGUGGCUCAGCUAUUUAACAAAAUUGAAGAUAACGGUUAUAAACUACUGUAUCUCAGUGCGAGAGCCAUUGGUCAAGCAAGGAUUACACGAGACUACUUGAAAUCUAUCAAACAAGGGGAUUUGAGCAUGCCUGACGGCCCAAUACUUUUAAAUCCCACAUCUUUGAUAACUGCUUUCCACAGGGAGGUGAUUGAAAGAAAACCCGAGCAGUUUAAAAUUUCUUGUAUGUCUGAUAUUAAAGCUCUAUUUCCAACGGAUUCGAAUCCUUUCUAUGCUGGUUAUGGAAACAGAAUUAAUGACGUUUGGGCGUACAGAGCUGUAGGCAUACCAAUAGUUAGAAUAUUCACCAUUAAUCCAAAAGGUGAACUCAAGCAUGAGCUGACGCAGACCUUCCAGUCCAGUUACUCGGGCCAGUCACUGGUGGUCGAUCAUGUAUUUCCCCCUCUUUUAAGCAAAAUUCAAUACGAUUCCGGCGAUGAUUCUGAUUACGUUGAUGACUCAGAUUCUGAAUCAUCAUCGUUACACAUGACAUUGUGA